AUACGGAUUUGCAGACCCAUGGUGCUGACGAAGAAUGCACUCCGCAUUCUCUACAAAUAGCUUGGCACCUUGACCUAGCUUCACCUCCCUCCUCCUGGCCCAGUCGUCCUAGCCAACAAAAUUCAGUUGAGGGUUCUUCAGUUCAGCCAUGAAGCUUGAGAUGACAGCAGCGGCCAUGGUCUUGCUCCUGCUGACCUCGGGCGCCGAGGCCAAGGUCUGCUACUCGCGUAGCAGGACCUUCAAGGGGUGGUGCUACCACAGCAUCAACUGCAUCGCCAUCUGCAUCACCGAGGGCGACACCAGCGGGUUCUGCCAGGCCGGGGCCUGCAUGUGCACUUAUGAGUGUCUCAAUGGUGUCGUCGCCGGUGGCGGCGGUGGCGGCGGACAGCAUCCAUCGGUUGGCUCAUCGCGUGGUGGUGGUGCUGAGGCUAAAGCAGCCGUCCCGUCAGUGUAGAGCUUCUGAUUCUGGCGGGGUGAUGGCAGAUGGUGCACUACUACUCUUCCGUGCACAUGCUAACUCAAGGUUUCGAGUUGAUGAAUAACACAAAUGGUUCUUUU